AUGCAUCCGCAAUUAGAAGCCGAACGAUUCGUCCCGUGCCAGGAGUUGAUUGACGCCUUGGAGCACUGCCACAAGCAGGAUUACAUCUCCAGAGCGCUUUGGGGGCUCUGUAACGAUCCUAAGGAGGCCUUAUCGCGUUGUCUUCACGAGACCCGUCUCAGCCAGGUUAGAGAAAAGAUUAUCGUGGGUAAGGAGAAACAGAAGGGCUUGCAGGCUAAGUGGCGUGAGGCCCGUGAGGGUGCCUAUGGGAAGGAUGAAAAGUUGAAGAAGGUUAUCGAUGCCGAGUACGCUUUGAAAUACGGCCAGAAACCUGAAACCACAGCUGAAUCCGGCUAA